AUGGGAAGUCAAGAAGCGGCCGCGAAAUUCCACUUCGAAUUUGUUCCAGGAUUCUUCAAGCAGUCAGAACCGGACACGAAUCCAGAUGAAUUUGAUAACGCAAAGGAGAAUUUCGGCAUCAUAGAACGCGAAUUUGAGACGGACGAUACGGUGACGAAAGAUUGGCCCGUGUGGAGGCGCUUUCAUCGUUACAUUAAUCACCUAAAUAAUCAGAACCGACCUCUGGAUAUCUUUUACAAAGUCCUCUAUUUCGGCAGGCAUGGCGAGGGCUAUCACAAUGUAGCUGAAGCUUUCUACGGAACGAAAGCAUGGGAUGACUACUGGAGCAAGCUGGAUGGAAAUGGAACUAUGUACUGGGUCGAUGCACAUCUUACGGAUAUCGGCAAGCAACAAGCCCUCGAUGCACAUGUCUUCAUCGAGGCUCAACUUAACACUACAACUCACGCCAUGCCGCCUCCGGAAAGCUACUAUGUCAGUCCUCUGUACAGAUGUCUUCAGACUGCCGAUCUUACUUGGGGCAAUCUCACAUUACCGGAAGAUAAGCCUUUCACGCCAGUCGUCAAAGAACUCCUACGAGAAGUCCUCGGCGAACAUACCUGUGACAAGCGAAGCACGAAAGCAACGAUCACUUCUGCAUUCCCUGAUUUCGUGAUCGAGGAUGGCUUCAGUGAAGAAGACUUGCUCUGGAAAGCCGACCAUCGCGAGACGCAUCAGGAGCAUGAUGAAAGGACGAGAGAACUCAUGACUGAUAUCUUCUCGAGGAAUCCCAAUACCUUUGUCAGCUUGACGAGUCAUUCUGGAGCGAUAGCGAGCCAUCUGAGAGUUUUCGGGCAUAGAGAGUUCAAGUUGCCGACUGGUGGGAUGAUUCCGGUUUUGGUGAAGGCCACGAGAUCCAGUUAG